UAGAACAGUUACUGCUUUCCUUCAGAUUGUGAGAAAUCGAAAGAUUGCUUUUGUUACAGUACAGUAUAGUAUAUGAAGUGCUCCGAUAUAUAAUUUCUAAGUAAAAAAAUUAGCAAAUCUAAACGGCGCCUAAGAAACACUAGUAGAACACUAGUAGAACACGAGAAAACAAAGGUCUUUUUGAAGUAAUGGAGAAUUUGAUUCGCUAUAAAGAAUUAAGUCAAAGAGAUGACUUUGAGGAUAUCCUAGAGAAUAGAAGAAACUCGAGUGAUAUCAGAUAUGCUCUGAGAAGUUUCACCCCAGUGCUGUACAAAGGAGUCAUGCCUUGUAGUGCUGGCAUGCUGAAGACCGCUGUACUUCAGUCACAAUGCCUACACUUUGUUAUACAGCAGAUGUCAGCAGAGACAGGGGAGUCCCCAGCCAUCAUCCAAGAAGAGGCUGCUGUAAUUCUUGAAGAAAUGGCUCAGAACCUACAACUAGGCUUUAUCCGAUUCCUUGCCUACAGUCUAAGCAAAGUUUUCAAAAGGGUCUUUCGGAGAGUGAGAGUUAACGAGGAAGGCAUUCAGAGACUUCAGCAAGCUAUUCAGGAAUACCCAGUAGUGCUGCUUCCCAAUCACAAGAGCUACAUUGACUUCUUGGUCCUGUCCUAUAUUCUCUUCACCUACGAUCUUCCCUUGCCAGUCAUUGCUGCAGGAAUCCCUCUCUUGGGAAUGAAGUUCUUUGGAGAGAUUUUGCGUAGGUCUGGUGCCUUCUACAUACGUCGUUCCAUUGGUGGGGACAAGCUUUAUUGGGCUGUGCUGUCUGAAUAUGUGAAAACCAUAAUACGGAAAGGUUUUGCUCCAGUUUUGUUUUUUGUGGAAGGGAUGAGAAGUCGCACUGUGAAAUCAAUGAGACCAAAGCUAGGUCUCGUGGAUAUGGUGAUGGACCCCUUUUUUAAGGGGGAAGUGUAUGACGUCAGCUUAGUUCCAAUCAGCAUCAGCUAUGAGAGAGUGCUGGAAGAAUCCUUGCUUGCCUACGAGCUCCUUGGAACACCCAAACCUAGAGAGUCUACCUCAGGCCUUUUAAAAGCCAGGAAAGUACUGAGUGAGGACUUUGGCACUAUGCAUGUAUACUUUGGACAUCCUUUGUCACUAAGACAUUUGUCAAAAGGGAGGAUCAAUCGGUGCCACUUCAACUUGCUUCCCAGGGAUCUUCCCAGGAUGCCCAGUGAAGACACCCAAGUUUUUGUCAAUGAAACAGCCCACAGAAUAGUUCAUCUACAAGAAGAAAAGCAGGUGCUAAGCCCUUGGUUUCUGAUUGCUACAAUUCUGAUGCAGAAUCUGAGAGGAAUAGAAUUUUCUCUUCUCAUAGAAAAGACAGUCUGGCUGGGAAAUUUAGUGCAGACAUUUGGAGCAGUCUUGGACUGGCCUGAUUGUGUGCCCGCCAGUGAGAUUGUUUCUUCCAGUAUUACUCUCCAUAAGAACAUAGUGCACAACAUGGGUGGGCAGAUAGUGUUGACUGAGGAGCCACAGCGUGAGGCCAGUCCAGAGGAAGGGGUAUUCCAACAUGCUGUCACUGUGCUCAUGUGCGCUUCCUACAGGAACCAGGCACUUCAUGUCUUUGUUCGUCCAAUGCUGAUAGCAGUUGCUUUACAUACAGUGGCCAGUUCCAGGAAAGAGGAGGUCUUUAGGUUCUUCAGAUUUCUUCAAGUUGUUUUUGCCAAUGAGUUUAUCUUCAUUCCUGGUAGGACAGUGCAGGACUUCGAAGAAGGCUGUCACUCGCUCAUAAAGUGUGGUUCCAUUCAAGUAAUAAAUCAGGACAUAACAGUGACCAAAAAUGGCCAUAAAAUAUUGUCCUUCCUUGAGGCCAUCAUGGAGCCCUUUAUACAAGGCUACCAGGUGGUGUGCAGGUACUUGAUUGAGGAGAAUGUGGAGGACUUUAUAGAGAAUCGCUAUGUUUCUGCAGUCCGUGGAUUUGCUGCACAACGCAUCCUGUCAGGAAGUCUUGAAUCAUAUGAAGUUCUUUCAUCGGACAUGCAGAGGAAUGCUUUGGCAGGACUAAUAAUGUUCAAUGCAGUGAAGAAAUCUAAGACAACUGAACAGACUAAUUUCAAAGUAAACAAGGCAGCUGUCAAGAAACUGGAAGAUAUGCUAGUGGGAAGAUUACCUCUUCCGAAGGAUUCUUUUUCAAGGCUUUAGUCCUGUACCAGAAUCACUACAGUGUCAUAUCUGGUAAACAGCAGAGUCCACUUCUACAUGCGCCUUUGGUAUAAAGCUCUCCAGAAAGUA